AUGGUGAUCAAAGGAGCCGUGUUCGAUUUUGGUGGAGUCAUUAUGAGCUACGGAGCUAUAAAGGAUCUUUUUAUCGACUUAGCUCACCAACUUGGAGUCGAGCCGAAGGUUUUUUUCGAGAAGCGAAAAGAGGUAUGGGAUUUGUUCGCGGAGGAUAAGCGCUUGAUGUGCGGUCAAAUCAGCGCUGAAGAGUUUGAGGAGGGAGAUUUCCUCAAAGCGAUUAAUACUGUGUUCGGCAAAAAUCAUACGGAGCCGUUGCGUUGGUUGGGGAAACUCACCGCUCCUGGUUUCAUUCAAUACAACGAAAUCAUGCUGACUUUCAUCAAAACUCUUCGCGAAAAUGGCGUCAAAACCGGGCUACUCACGAACAAUUUCUUCAUUGAUAAGGAACGCAAACUCGAGUCAACACCGGUGGAUCGAGCGCUUUUCGAUGCAGUUGUCGAGAGUCGUCUGGAAGGAAUCGAAAAGCCCGAUCAGAAAAUAUAUGAACUUUGCCAUUCUCGAGUCGUUGCUGCGGCGCCUGAAAUCGAGAGAUCCGAGGUGAUAUUCUUCGAUGAUAUGGAAACGAAUUGUGAAGCAGCCAACGAAUUUGGAUGGAGAGCUAUUCAUGUGGGAAAAGACCCAAAAGAGGCAAUUCUGCAAGCGAUUGAGUUGAUCCGACACGAGAACGAUUUGCAUUUAGAGAUCGAGACU